UGUGCCGCCUCCUGGGAGCUCCCUUCCACAGGCGACAAUGGAAUAGCCUGGACUCCCAGUGCAUUAUUCUUGUUUUAUGACUAUUUUCUUUCAUGUUAGAAGCCAUUUAUUGUCUGAUUUUAUCUUAGGAAUCAGUUCUCCAGAUAUUUCUAAGAUGUCUAGCACACCUCAAAGGACCAUCCUGAAACGCAAAACUAAGUCAGCUGCGUCACCUUCACUGGUCCCCAUUGAUAUGGAGUGGAAGGAGAGUGAAGCAGUCCAGCCGCAGAGCAACAAUCCUGAGGCAAGCCCCCUCCGUUUCCUCUCAGCUCCUGCACGGAAUAUCCUGUGGGACCCUCCCAGAAGCUCUCAGUCAUCAAGGACCUUUUCUUCAGUAAGUGGGAAUGUGAAGGAGGAGCCCAUUGUCAUCACAGGCAACCUCACAUCCAGCAUACAGAACACUGUACAAUUAGGGCCAGUAAUACCCAAAAGUCCCAAAAACUACAGGCCACUGCUGAGUUCCCACAACCCCUGCCCUGUGCUUCUUAGAAGUUUGAUGAUGGGGGAAGGAGAGAAGAAGAGGUGCAGGUGCAGCAACCGUCAGACCCCCUGCCUGACAGACCUGGAGUAUGAUGCCUUCAUCACGGGGCAGAUGCCAGGCACCGAGCAGAUCGUGGUGGUGUGCGUGGUCUCCUCGUCAAACCCCCAGAGCAGCCUCAGUGUGGACUUACUGGAGAAGCUGUAUGAGAAGAAAAAUAAAAACAGAAGCAUGCCUUGUGUACAGUGUCGACUAGACUCGUUCCGCCUGGUGAAGUAUGACCUCGCCACAGCGGGGUUGCAAACUGUCCCCCAGGGUCCUCUACUGCUGCAAAGACACAAUGUGGCUCCUGGUAUGUUUCUGAUGUACAUUUGUGGAAAGCUGCUCUUUGCGGACUAUAUUUUUAAUGGGUACAGCAGCUCUAUUAAAGACCUACAAAAGCAGAUUUCUAUAACACGUGGCAACUAUCGCAUGGGCCUCAGUCUUCCCUCAGAUUUCAGAUUCAGCCCUCAUCGGGAGAUUCCUGAAAGUAACACGACUCAAGGAGUACAGGGAGAAUGCACCACAUCUCCACAAUGUGACAGAUGUCAAUCAAAAGCUCCCCUUCAAAAAGAUGAGUGCUCAGUCCAGGUUGCUGACAGAGCAGUGUCAGUUCAAGAAUCUGUGACGUUUAAUAUGUCCAAAAGGAGCUAUCUGCUCUGUGACAGAAAGAAAAAGAACCAACCAUCUUUCACUUUGAAGGGCCAUUUCAAAAACCUGGAUCUGAUGAGAAUUGCUAAAUAAAACUUGAAUAUAUCCAUUGGAACAGCAGCUGUUAAGGUUCUAGUUCAAUCAGCAUUCAAAACAUUCAACAGCAGCGCAGAAGUAGAAUAAUCAAGUUACAGAUAAAGAAUCUGGAUUCCCAAAAUGUGAAUGUUUUUGGAAUGAAAUGGACUAGUGAGUGUUGUAAGUGUACUGCUAUGGCCAAAAGUUUUGCAUCACCCUAUAGAAGUAACAAAUUUUGCUUCAUAAAGUCAA